CACUAAUUCUUCAAAACAUCCUAAAAAUGUGAUGGAAACUAAUUUAUUAAGGUCUAAAAUUUUUGAAGAAGUAUUGGAAGAUAUUGAAGCAGUAGCAGAAAUAUGUUCACCAACAAAAUCUAUUUAUCAUACUGAUAUAAAACAUAAAAAAAAAAAGAAAAGACCAUUUGGUCUAAAAAGACGGCCUGAUAAAAAAAAAUCAAAAUCAAAAAAAAGUGAUAGUAAAAAAAAAAAAUUAGUUGUUAAAUUAAAUUCAAAUAAUGUUAAAAUAAAUCCUAGUAUGAUGCCAGACAACAGCACAUUGAGUUAUAAUGAUGAUACAGCAACAUCACCACCYUUAAAAAAAAUUAAACCAUCUCUUCCUGAAAGUAGUCUGCAGGAAAGUUCAAUUCAACAGAGUAGUUCACCUUUAUUCCAAGACCUAGCUAACAUUACUCUAUUACAAAAAA